AUGGCAAUAGAAAUAUCCGUGUCCAUUUUGAUAGAGAAACUGAAAAAUCUGUUAUCAGAGAAAGAAAUGAUCGAUUCAAAAUUAAGGGCCCAAGUGAGUAGCUCCAUGGAGGAGUGGGAACGGUUGCCGAGAUUACUGAAAGACGCGGAGAAGGAGGAGGAUAGCAAAGUGAUGAAGCUGCUGCUCAAUGUGUAUUUUGUAGACGACAUCAUUGACAACGUGCUUCUCAAAUCGUCCCUCAAGACAGGUUACCCUUUCUCCUUCCUCGUUCCUUCACGGAACCAAUCCAUUCUGAGCCAAAAUAUCGAGAAACUUUUUACAAAUGUCACCGACUUCUGUUCCUCAUCCAAACUACCCUUGGAACAACCAGAAAACGAGCCUACAGAACCAAAAUUUGAAGUCGGGGAGCCAUCCAACCGUCAAUGGCAACGAAUAUCUUCUUUUAUGGAAGAAUCAGAGGCUAUUGUUGGUCUAAUAGAUCAAAGAGACGACUUGGUUCAAUUAGUCGUCAGCAGCCGCUUGUCGCCUUUUCUGAUUUCAGUGGUCGGCGAGGGAGGCUCUGGUAAGACUACUUUAGUCAAGUCCAUGUACGAUAGUGUUGAAGUGAAGCAACAUUUCGUUUGUUGUGCUUGGGUUUAUGUCUCUGAAAAAUUUGAAGUCCGAGAUGUGUUGACCGGGAUAUUGAGACAAGUUACAGUUGUUAAAGAUGAAGAAAAGUUGCCUCUUGAAUCAUUGCUAAAGAGGGUCCGGGAUUUCUUUCUUUGGAAGAAAUACCUCAUAGUUUUGGAUGACAUUCCAUCACCUGAUGUUUGGAGCACCAUCAAAUAUGCGUUUCCAAAUUCAGCCAGGGCAGCCAGGAGGGUCAUUCUUACCUUGCCUAAGAUUGAAGUUGCGCGAGCUAUUGAUCCACGGAUCUCCCUUUUCCAGAUUCGCCGAAUGAAUCAUGAAGAGAGUUGGGCACUUUUCCUGAAGAAGGUAAGAACAGCAGAAGAUAACUCAAUUAGAAGCUUGAAGGAGAACAUCUUGAGUAAAUGUGACGGUUUACCUCUUGCAAUAGUUGCACUAGCUGGCUUGCUCUCUACUAGACCACCAAACCAAUGGUCAAGACUCAUCGACCAAGCUACUGUCGGUGCUGAUCAAUCCUCUUCUUCCUCCAACAUCUUGGCUGCGGGCUUCCGAGACCUACUUCCGUCAUUAAAGUCUUGUCUUCUUUACAUGAGUCUGUUCCCCAAGUCGCGCGAGAUCAAACUCCGGAGAUUGUUUGGGUUGUGGCUUGCGGAGGGACUAACAACACCUAUUGUUGGGGAAAGCAGCAAAUCGAUCAAAAAAGAAGAUUUGGCGAAGAGCUACUUUGAAAAACUUGUCAGUAGAAAUAUGAUUGAGGUUGUCAAAUGGAGGCUAGAUGGAAGCCCCAAAACAUGCUAUCUUUCCCCUACUCUGCAUGAAGCCCUUUUUCAUAUUGCAGGAAAGAUGGGAUUUUUUCAUGUCCAUCCCCUCACCAGUAAAGACACACAACAGUUUAAUGUCCGCAGGAUUGCAGAAUACUUAGACAUCAACACAUAUCUUUCUUCAGACCCUACAAUUCAAGAUUUACGUUCUUAUAUAUCUUUUAAUAGCCGCAAAGGGGACACCCCUGCUGGCGGAGUGGACAAGCUUCUUAGGAAGAUCAUUGCUAAAAGAGGCUUUGGAUUGCUCACGGUGCUCGAUCUAGAGAAUGUCCACAGACCCUCUCUCUCUGAGACGCUAGGAAAACUACUGCAACUAAAGUAUUUAGGUUUGAGAUGUACUUUUCUGGAUUCAGUUCCAAAGUGCAUUGGUAAACUACCUUGCUUGGAGACUUUAGAUGUGAAGCAUACUAAUAUAACAACUCUGCCUAUAUCCAUCUGGAAGGUGAAGAAGCUUCGGCAUCUCUAUAUGAAUGAGAUUCAUUUUGAUAUGUCUAUGCAAAAUCCAUCCGCUGGUGGGUGUUUGCCAGAUCUUCAGACUUUAUCAGGGCUCUUAAUAGGCAAUAACAGCUCGGUGAUCAAAUUGCUAGAGGGAUUGACUGGUCUAAGGAAACUAGGUUUGACAUGCUACAAAGCAUCACUUGAAAAAAUAAUUCAGUGGCUUCCUACACUGAAAAAUCUCGAGUCAUUGAAGUUAAGGUCAAUAAAUGAGUUGCAUCAACCUUCAGAUCUCAAUUUGAUUACGUUGAAGGAGAAUGCAAAGCUCCAGGAACUGUACUUGCUUGGGAAGUUACCUAAAAAUUUUGCUGUGCAUCAACUUCCCCAAAAUCUGAGAAAUUUUACGCUGUCGGUGUCAAAGCUCCACGAAGAUCCAAUGCCAAUUUUAGGGAAGCUGAAUAACCUUCAUAUCCUCAGGUUCUUUGCCCACUCGUACCUGGGAAAAGAAAUGGAUUGCAGGAAGGGAUUUCCUGAGCUUCGUGUCUUGAAAUUGUGGAUGUUAGAAGAACUCGAGGAGUGGACUGUGGAGGAAGGAUCCAUGCCUAAACUCAGAAAAGUAGAGAUUAGGUGCUGCAUACAGCUAAAGCAGCAUCGUGGAUUACAGCUGCUGGCUUCCCUCAAGAAACUAACUUUAACGGCUAUGCCAGAAGAUUUUGUAGCAGAAGUUAAAGCCAACCUAAGCCAGAAUAUAAAGAUCAAGACAAAGAAUUAGGACUUUUCUUCUAUUCUGAUGAGGGUGAGGAAUUUAGAAUGGGAGAAGGGAUGGAAUGGAUCGGAAGCUUUCCCUGAUCCGGUGCUCAUAUACAGUCUCGCUGCCACCUCCAAUAUGCAGUUCACAUUGUGUAUGAAAUUCUUCAUUCUUUGUACAAAUAUGAGCCUGAUUAAACUUUGUUUAGAACUUUCAUCUGCUGCAACUGACCUGGUGAAGGUGAAGGCCAGAUGUAACUUAUGUUUAUUCAUGGAUGCCUUAAUUUUUUAAUGUUUUAAUAUAAUUUAAUAUUUUUGUAA